AUGUUCAGCCCUAAAUCUACAGCAACAGAAGUUGCAAAGGCUUUGGCAACACAAAUUCGUGGCAAGACGGUAUUGAUCACUGGCGUAAGCCCCGGAAGUCUUGGAUCCGCUACGGCGAUGGCCAUUGCCUCACAACAGCCGCAGCGCCUGCUCCUUGGCUCACGCACAAUGAAAAACAUCCAUUCUGUGAUUGAUAAUAUUCAUUCUGUAUAUCCAUCCACUGUUGUGGAGCCAAUAUUGAUGGAUCUAUCAUCCCAGAGGUCUGUUCGUGCUGCAGCAGCAGACAUUAACUCUCGCAUUUCGAAGCUAGAUGUUCUCAUCAACAAUGCUGGAAUUAUGGCUGUGCCAGAUCGCACACUGUCUGAAGAUGGCAUUGAAAUCCAGUUUGCGACCAAUCAUCUUGGCCACUUCCUAUUCACCAACUUGAUUCUCAAGAAACUUCAAGCUGCAGCAAAAGAUGCCAAGAACGAAGGAGACACACGCAUUAUUAACCUCAGCAGCAACGGUCAUCGCAUUUCGCCGGUUCGAUUCAGUGAUUGGAACUUUGAGAACAAGACCGUGCCUCCGGAAGAACAAGCAGAUGAAGAGGCGUACAAAAGCCGAGGCCAGACUUUGGAAUGGAGCAACGGAUAUGAGAAACUUGUAGCAUAUGGCCAGUCCAAGACAGCCAGUAUACUGUUCUCUCUAUAUUUGCGGAAUAACUUGGUCGAAAGUGGGAUAUUGUCAUUCAGUGUGCAUCCAGGAACUAUCAUGACAAAUCUCAUCCGACACAUGGACUUGGCUAAACUGCAAGCCUCCACUAAAAAUGCGCCAGCGGGAGGAAACGCCCCUGCCCUCAAAUCUCUUGAUCAGGGUGCCGCAACUUCAAUUUUUGCGGCCUUCGAUCCAUCGCUAAAUGCUGAAUCAUCUAUAUACUUGGAAGACUGUCAUAAUGGUAUUGCUGAAGCUUACGCCAGCGACCCUGACUUGGCAGCUAAACUCUGGAAGCUCAGUGAAUCUAUCGUUGGGCAAAGCUUCUCGCUAAAAGUAGAGUCUGAUGCAUAG